AUGUCUGAUCCAAGACUCGACAUCAAAUAUGACUGGCGGUUGAGACUUGAAAUGUACUGCAAGAAGGUGGGCUUUGGAGAUCCCGUUUACCAUACGUACUCCGACCGUCGAGGAGGUCGCACAGCGUGGUCCUGUAAUGUCACUGUCAACAAAGUAACCUAUGCCGCCCGAUAUUGGUUCGAUGGUUCCUGUUUACAAAACGCCAUGGAAGAUGCUGCGGAGGUGGCUCUGAAGAAGUUGGAACCGUCCGACCAGUAUCCGAGCAGAGAGCCGCAGGGAACUGUUUAG